AUGAAUAACGUCUCUCUCAAAAAGAUUCGAUUUGCGACGAAUUACUUCUUCGACACGGGCAUCUACUUUCCUAAAUUCAGCAUCAUUACAUUCUACGCGAACCUCGUGCCCGUCACGCACCCGGAGAUGCGAACUGCGCUAUACGUCCUGGCUGCGAUAACGACAUCCUUUGCGCUGGCUACUUUCUUCGGCGAUACGUUUUGGUGCGGAGCUGAUCCUUCUGUCAACUGGGCUGAAGGAGAGGAUAAUUGCCAAGCUUUCAUGUCCAUGACCUUGAUGCGGCUCAACUGGGGGAUGAAUUUCACCAGCGAGGUUCUCAACGUACUUUACCCGAUUCCUCUGGUACGAAGUCUGAUCAUGGCUUCACGCCGUAAGAAGGCUGGAGUCGCCGUCAUCUUCGGACUCGGUAUUAUCACGAUUAUUGUUAGCAUUGGGAGAUUUGUCACCACGACCUUUGUCUCUAACGACAUUUCCAUAUAUAUUUGGGCCACAGCCGAGAUCUGCAUCUCAGUCAUAGUUGUAGCUCUCACAGCCCUCCGACCACUCCUUCGACAGAUUAGCAACACAAUAUCAACCAGCGCCACAAUCAGCGACGCACGCUCACGAGCCCCUACGACUAUAGUGGGGCAAUCCCGUAGACCUUCCAUGUAUACAGCAGGCUCCGGCCACUAUUGGCAGGGCAGCAAGAGCAGAAACGCCAAGGGGUCGGAUUUCAUGAUGGAGAGUGAGACGCAGUUGAAUGACACGAAUGGGAUCCUGAUGACGCAUCAGGUUUCAGUGUCUAGUGAGAGUAUUCAUGGCAUGGUACACAGACGGGAUGAUUUUGACGUUUAA